GCGGCCACUGAAUCGAGCCAGUGGACGUUGACAUCUCGAUCACUUUUCAAAAUGCCCACCACAAGCAACACGAGUAGCAGCUGCCUCUUCCGGAAGCUCCAGCGCAUGCUGAGCCAAGAGAGCGACCGCGUCGUCGCAUGGAGCGACUGCGGCAAGCACUUUAGCGUCGGCGACUUGCCGCGCUUCGAGGCCAGCCUCUUGCCCACGUACUUUCGCCUCCGGACGCUCGGCGAGUUUCGCGCGCUUCUGUGUCAGCACGGCUUUACUUGCAGCGACGACACGAAGUUUCACCACAGCGACUUUUCCCGCGACUGCCCCGCGCCUCUUGCGCCCAAGAAGCGAGCGACCGGCAAGGUCCUCUCCAAGACCACAAAGACCCGCCACCACCCCUACAGUGCGCCGACGACGACAACGUUCCGAGGCGGCGACGACCUUUGGUCGGCGCUGGCCGCUGUCUGUCUGCAAACACCCGAAACGAGCACGAGCUCGACGAACCCGCUCUUCCAGAAGCACACCAGCUUUGAGACGCAGCCCGACGCAUGGCAAUUGCUCAACGGCCAUUCGGUGGUGUGCGUCUAAGGCGACGCCACCGUCUUGCUUGUAGUCUGUCCCGUACUGUCUUAUGUCUCGAUUUGAGAACCCUGCUAUUUAACACGAGAUUUCCCGUCUAUCGACUAGCAGUGUGAACCCAUUCGGAGUAGGAUCGUGUGAGAAGAGUGCAAGCACUUUGCGUAAGCCACAGUAAUUAACACUUGUGCUGCA